AUGGGGGACACCUUUAUCCGGCACAUCGAGCUGCUGGGCUAUGAGAAGAGGUUUUUCCCCAGCCAGCACUAUGUCUACAUGUUCCUGGUGAAGUGGAACGACCUCUCCGAAAAGCUCGUCUACCGCCGGUUCACCGAGAUCUAUGAGUUCCACAAAGCGCUGAAGGAGAUGUUUCCCAUCGAAUCCGGGGACAUCAAUGUGGAGAGCCGGAUCAUCCCGCACUUGCCAGCCCCGAAAUGGUUUGACGGGCAGCGCUCGACGCAGAACAGGCAGGGCACACUGGCCGAGUACUGCUACACGCUGGUCAACCUGCCCCCCAAAAUCUCCCCCUGCCUUUGCUCUGACCCAUCCAGGAUCAGGAAGCCCGAGGUCUUCCUCCUGCCGAAGGAUGCCAAGAAGAACUCCAGCGACAUCACGGGCCCCAUCGUCCUGCAAACGUACCGAGCCAUCGCCGACUACGAGAAGAGCUCCACGUCUGAGAUGGCUCUGAAAGCUGGGGACAUGGUGGACGUCGUCGAGAAGAGCGAGAGCG